AUGCGUUUCUCAACUCUCCUCGUCGCCGGGUUUGCUGCCCUCACCCAAGCCACUGAUGCCCCCAUCGUCAACAACAACCCCAACACCAUCUACAAUGCUGUCCUACCCCAGGAGGCCUUCUACCACGGCAAGCUGAACGGCAAUAUCCGCGGCUCUGUGCGUGCGUCUCGCGGCCCUGACGGCAAGGGCGUCAAGUACAAGGUUCACUUUGAAAACCUUCCCAAGGAAGGCGGCCCAUUCAUCUACCACGUCCACGCCAAUCCCGUCCCGUCAGACGGCAACUGCACCAAGACCCUCGCCCAUCUCGAUCCCUACCACCGCGGCGAGGACCCCCCCUGCGAUGCCAGCAGACCGAACACCUGCCAGGUCGGUGACCUGAGCGGCAAGUUCGGCCAUAUUGUGGGCGGUCCGUUCCGCGCAGAGUACAUCGAUCCGUAUAGCUCCUUGAUCGAGGGGACGGAUGCGUACAUCGGGAGCAGGUCGAUUGUGGUGCAUUUUGCGAAUAAGACGCGGAUUACGUGUGCUAAUUUUGAGAGGGCUUCGGGUUGUGCUGCUUGA